UGUAUUGGGCCAUAGCCAAGCAUUGUGCAAUUUAAGACCAUGACCACUCACCAGGCAGGCAGGCAGUCGUCUAACUGGUACUUAGUCCAACAAUAUCAGUCUCAUGAAGAACUUACGGCAAAAAUACUGUGUAUCCCUCAUCAGAGGUAGCAGAAGAGGCUCAUUCUUGGUCCGUGGAGGGGACUCUAACACAGGAUUUGCUUGUUUUAUUUGAGUCCAAUGCUUUUUCUAGUAGUUGUUUAGUUUCCUUAUUGCAGGUCUACCUUACAGUUCUUCUAUGUAAAUCUUUGUAAAGUUUCCAGGUGUUGUAACUGUGUAUCAGUAUGUUUUGAUCAGUUUGCUUAUUUCCCAGCAACAAUGAACACGUCACCGAGGCGGAAGUGUCACGUGCGUCGGAGGAAAGUGAAACUAGUUUUCUAACCGCUCACUUUUAUUCUUCCUUCUGAGAAAACAACACAUAACGGUAACACGUCUGUUUCUGCCAUGAACGCUCGUCUUGUCCUGGUCGCUGCUCUGCUGUCCAGUUGUUCAGUCUCAAGGGAAACCUCUGAUGACAGGGUGCAGAAGAUUCAGGCCUCUGCUGGCGAGGCGGUUGUUCUGCCGUGUCAAAUCAAUGCCCCCAAGGGAGACGUCCCAACGGUGGAGUGGUCCAAGGAGGGUCUGGACCCAAAAAACAUCACCUUUCUGUACCGGAACCACUUUGAGACCUUCGAGAUGAAGAAUCUGGACUUCCAGUUCAGGACCAGUCUCUUCCUGAACGAAGUGAAAGACGGAAACAUCUCUUUGAGGAUUUCAAACGUGCGGCCCUCGGAUGCAGGAAAGCACGAAUGCAGUAUUUUCCAUGGGAGGCAUCGGAAGGUCGUCACAACACUGGAGCUCAUUGUGUGUGCUGCCACUGAGCCAAAGCUCUCAGUUGUUCCGGGUGAUGUAGAGACUCUGCAGUGUGAGGUGAAAAGCUCGCUGCCGCAGCUUCACAUGACGUUUCUUGACCAUCAAGAAAAGGUCAUCGAUGCUGAAGACCCAAAGCGACGUCCAGAUUCCAGCGGAUGUUUCACCUUCACAGGGAGAGUGACAGUGCCGACUGAGAGCGACAGGGUCACCUGCAGAGUUCACCAGCCUCACACAAGCUACUCCAGAGAUGCACAGAUUUACUUUACAGAAGCUAAAGACACGAAGUCCUCCACAGUUUGGUCCUUCGUUGCUGUUGCUGUUGCUGUGGGGUUUGGAUUCGGGUUCCUCCUCUGUUUUUUUAGGAAUAAAAUAUAUUCCUACUGUGCGGGAAGAAAAAUACCUCCAGAGAGCAAUCAGCCAUCAGUACAAAGCACAAGUUACAAGGACGCAAAGUCUGACCUGCGGGUAAGCCAGACUGACAGCAGUCCAACCGUCACCAGUGAGCUUCUAAGAAAAAUGGAGGGACUGGAGUCGCAGCUUCAAGAGAAAGAAGGGAUCAUUAGCAGACUAACUGAAGAACUGAAACGCAUUAGAUCGACACAGAGCUCUGCUCCUUCCCAACCCUCACCAGACGUCUCAAUUUCCAUUUACCCACACCAGUUUCCCAAUGGCAACAAUCCAAAACCAGGGGCCUCCUCCAACAACAACCCUUCAGAAUCCGGCAGCUUAUCCCAGGAGAAGGAUACAAAACCUGGCGUCCGGAAGCAAACUGCUGCCCCGGACCGCCCAAUGGGAAGACGCCGCAGUCCAUCUCUUUCACCGUAUCGUGUCCUUGUGUCGUCCGAUCCUACUCAAAACACUUCAGAGAAUGGGCCUGUAAGACGUUCCAAGAGUUUGUCUGUCCCGCGCCCUAAUCUAAAUCUAAGCAGGAACUCAUUCUCAGCUGUGACUCCGAACCGUUUCAGUGUCCUGGCAGAUUUAUCUGAAGACUCAGAGCAGUUGCUGCUGAGUUAGAGACACAUGAGUGUUUCCUGUUGAUCACCUUGGAUGUGGCGGCCCGCUAAGCUCCACCUGAAAGGGUUUUUAAUGACAGCGGGAUGGGAGUUUGGAUGGUUUUCAAAAAAAAAAAUCUAAAGUUUGCAUUACUGGUGCUAAAAAAGGUCUAUUAUUAUAUAUGGCUUAUCACUUCUAUGCUGAUGACACUCAAACCUAUAUUCACUGCGGAAACUUUUUUGUCAGAAGCCCAAUGUUGUUUGAACUUUGCUUUUUUUUUGUGCAAGUUUGGGUCAGUGUUCAGGAAUCCAGGUACAAAACUGGUCUUUUCCCUCUUUGUGUAAUGGGGUCAAUCCUCGCUCUCUCUCUCUCUCUCUCUCUCUCUCUCCCUCUCCCCACUGCCGGUCCUGUAAGUAAGUGUAGCAUGGGCGCAGCAGGUGUGGACGCCAAUUGUUUGUUUGUUAUUUCAUUGUAUAAUAUCGCUUGCAGUGUUGGAAUUCUUAAAGUGUGCUGUGCUUGUUUUAUGCAUGAUAUUUUAGCUUUGUUAAAUUGGGUCUGGAGCCUUUAAUUUCUCUUUUAAUCUGUUAUUUAUAUCAAGUACAGGCCAGGACUCCAUACUUUGCACAUGAUCCUGUGCUGUUCGAUCAGUCUUUUUAAAUCAUUUGUAAUAAUUGAAUAAAUUUUCUUUUUCUGGAA